AUGUCCCGCAAAUCCUCCGAGCAUGACUACACCCUCCGCGGCAUGACCAACCUGAUGGGCGAGAGGAGGAAGAAAGCGGGAGGAGGCGGCGAUGACAGCGGAGAACGAACUCUCAUCACCGCUCCGUCCAGCGCGAGCCUGGCGAGCCUGGCCGCCUCUGCGUCCUCGCGCGCAUCCUCUGAGACCGCUGCUUCCACCGGGGACUUGGAGCGCGCGGCCAGGAAGAACUUCCAACGCGAUGGAGCGCCGGCCUUCGUGCGCGUGCUGGCGCUGUUCUCUGCACUCGGAGGCUUCCUGUCCGGAUACGACGCCGGUGUGGUGUCCGGGGCCAUGCUGCUCCUCAAGCGCGAGCACAACAUCACGCUGCCAUGGCACGAGCUGCUCGUGUCGGGCACCGUGGCCGCUGCGGCUCUCUCAGCUCUCGCGGGCGCGUUCCUGAACGACGUGUUCGGCAGGAGAGCGUGUGUCCUGCUCGCCAGCUUCGCCUUCUUCAUCGGCGGGAUCGUGAUGGGUUCUGCUCCCAAUAAAGAGGCUGUUUUGAUCGGCCGGUUAAUUGUUGGAGUCGGGAUCGGGAUUGGCUCCAUGACUGUUCCUGUAUAUAUUGCUGAGUCUUCACCACCACAAAUGAGAGGGCAGUUGGUCACCAUCAACACGCUCUUCAUCACAGCAGGCCAGUUUGUGGCCAGCCUCAUUGACGGAGCAUUCAGCUACAUACAGCAUGGAGGAUGGAGAUACAUGCUGGGCCUGUCAACCUUGCCGGCUCUGGUGCAGUUCCUGGGAUUCCUCUUUUUGCCUGAGAGUCCUCGCUGGCUCAUCCAGAAGGGUCUUACCCAGAAGGCUCGGCGUGUGCUCAGCCAGAUCCGAGGCAACCAGAACAUAGAUGAGGAGUAUGACUGCAUCAAGAGUAGCAUUGAGGAAGAGGAGAAAGACAGUGCAGGAGUUGGUCCAGUACUGUGGCGCAUGCUGACCUAUCCUCCUGCCCGGCGUGCUCUCAUUGUGGGCUGCGGACUCCAUGUGUUCCAGCAGCUCUCUGGCAUCAACACAGUGAUGUACUAUAGUGCCACCAUUUUGCAGAUGUCUGGAGUGCGGGAUGAUAAGCUGGCAAUCUGGCUCUCCUCACUGACUGCUUUAACUAACUUUCUGUUCACACUGCUGGGUGUGUGGAUGGUGGAAAGGGUGGGCAGACGGAGACUGACUCUUGGGAGCAUUGUUGGGACUUGUUUGAGUCUCUGUCUUCUGGCUGUUGGGUUCCUGCUGUCUGCUCAGCACUCUCCCCCUGUUACCCUUCACCAUGCUGACCACGCUCUGGCCAACACCAGCUGCUCCACGUAUCUGUCGUGUGAACUGUGUAUGCUGGAUCCAGGCUGUGGCUUUUGCUACCAGCAGAACAACACUGCUGUGUUCGCUUCCUCCUGUGUGCCAGUCAAUCAGGCCUCCACAGAGAGAGCAGCGUGGGGCAGGUGCUCCAACUCAACACAGUCUCCAGAUCACAGUUUUUGGGCUUAUAAUUUCUGCCCAACGUCCUACUCAUGGCUGGUUCUCUUGGGUCUGAUUCUUUACUUGGCUUUCUUUGCUCCAGGACUGGGCCCAAUGCCAUGGACCGUUAACUCAGAGAUUUACCCACUGUGGGCGAGAAGCACAGGCAAUGCCUGCUCAGCCGGAGUGAAUUGGACCUUCAAUGUUCUGGUGUCCCUGACAUUUCUACACAUAGCCCAAUACCUCACCUACUAUGGUGCAUUCUUUCUGUAUUCGAGCCUUGCUCUGCUGGGCUUCUUCUUCGUUUAUGGAUGCCUCCCUGAGACCAAAGGCCGUCGCCUGGAGGAGAUCGAGUCGCUAUUUGAAAGCCGCCUGUGCUCCUGUGGUGCAUCAGACUCAGAUGAGGGCCGGCAGGUGGAGUACAUCCGGGUUAAAGGAUCAAAUUACCACCUGUCAGACAAUGAUGGCUCAGAUGUGGAAUAA